CCAGAGCAGAGAACUGAGCGGCCAUAUCUGCUGCCUCCGCCGCCACCGCCGCCGCAAUUGCGAAUGCAGCAUCUGCGCUGGGCUGCCUCCACGUUGCCGCUAAGGUCCGCAGACGAUGGAUCCCGGCAGCAGCAGCAGCAGCGACUCGGCUCCCGACUGCUGGGACCAGGUGGAAAUGGAAGACCCGGGUUCGGCCCCCAGCGGAGAUACGGUCUCCUCGCUGGAGGCGGAGGCGCAGCGCGAGCAUCUCAGCACAGCCUUCAGCCAACACCUCAACGUCAACGCCAAGCCCUUCGUGCCUAACGUGAGCGCACCAGAGCUCCUGCCAUCCUUCCCACGGGGCUGGGCCCAGCUGCCCACCCCGCCAGCCAGCUCUUUCAGCAGUGAUGAAACCUUCACCGGUGCAGGAGAAUCUCAAGCUGUCACCAUGGAACUUUCAGAACCUGUUGUAGAAAAUGGAGAGGUGGAUAUGGUCCUAGAAGAAUCGUGGGAGCACAGUAAUGAAGUAAGUGAAGCAGAGCCUGGGGGUUAUUCGUUUGGAGACUCAGAAGAAAGUGGAAAGGAAAUGAUGGAGGAUAAAGAGGAAAUAAGGAAAUCAAAAUCUAUGGUCAUAUCAGGUGCUCCUAAGAAAGAACACGUAAAUGUCGUGUUCAUUGGACAUGUAGAUGCUGGGAAGUCAACCAUUGGAGGACAGAUAAUGUUUUUGACUGGAAUGGUUGACAAAAGGACACUUGAGAAAUAUGAAAGAGAAGCUAAGGAGAAGAAUAGAGAAACUUGGUAUUUGUCUUGGGCCUUAGAUACAAAUCAGGAAGAACGAGACAAGGGUAAAACAGUAGAGGUGGGUCGUGCCUAUUUUGAAACAGAAAAGAAGCAUUUCACAAUUUUAGAUGCCCCUGGUCACAAGAGUUUUGUCCCAAAUAUGAUUGGUGGUGCUUCUCAAGCUGAUUUGGCUGUACUGGUAAUCUCUGCCAGGAAAGGAGAAUUUGAAACUGGAUUUGAAAAAGGUGGACAGACAAGAGAACAUGCAAUGUUGGCCAAAACAGCAGGGGUAAAACAUUUAAUAGUGCUUGUUAAUAAAAUGGAUGAUCCCACAGUAAAUUGGAGCAGUGAGAGAUAUGAAGAAUGUAAGGAAAAACUGGUGCCCUUUUUGAAAAAAGUUGGCUUCAGUCCAAAAAAGGACAUUCACUUUAUGCCAUGCUCAGGACUGACAGGUGCAAAUAUUAAAGAGCAAUCUGAUUUCUGUCCUUGGUACACUGGACUACCAUUUAUUGCAUAUUUGGACAAUAUGCCAAACUUCAACAGAUCAAUUGAAGGACCGAUUAGGUUGCCAAUUGUGGAUAAGUACAAGGAUAUGGGCACUGUGGUCUUGGGCAAGCUGGAAUCAGGGUCCAUUUUCAAAGGGCAGCAGCUUGUGAUGAUGCCAAACAAGCACCAUGUGGAAGUUCUAGGAAUACUUUCUGAUGAUGCGGAAACUGAUUUUGUAGCCCCUGGUGAAAACCUCAAAAUCAGACUGAAGGGAAUUGAAGAAGAAGAGAUUCUUCCAGGCUUCAUACUUUGUUCCCCUAGUAAUCUUUGCCAUUCUGGACGUACAUUUGAUGUUCAGAUAGUGAUUAUUGAGCACAAAUCUAUCAUCUGUCCAGGUUAUAAUGCGGUGCUUCACAUUCAUACCUGUAUAGAGGAAGUUGAGAUAACAGCCUUAAUCUCCUUGAUAGACAAAAAAUCAGGAGAGAAAAGUAAGACACGGCCCCGCUUUGUGAAACAAGAUCAAGUGUGUAUUGCCCGAUUAAGGACAGCAGGAACUAUCUGCAUGGAGACAUUUAAAGAUUUUCCUCAGAUGGGUCGUUUUACUUUAAGAGAUGAGGGUAAGACCAUUGCAAUUGGAAAAGUUCUGAAACUUGUCCCAGAGAAGGACUAAGAAAUUUUCUUGAUGCCUCUGCACAAUACUGUGGGGAAAAUUGACUGCAAAAAGUGAUUGUUGUCUUUUAUUUACUUCCCAUUGAUAGACUUUUAUCCAUAUUUUUCAAAUUUCACAGCAAAAGUCCAUGGUUUGUCAGCUUUCCCACGUUGAGAUCUCAGUUAUGUUACUGUUGAAUAUAUCCUCAAGGUUCCUCCCUCUACACCUCUUUGCUUCCUUGGACAGAUCAGUAAUAACUUUGUAAGUGAUGUGUAUGCAAUUGCCUAUAAUAAUGAAAAAUUAAUAUAUUUUUAAUUUGCCUUUAGAAUACUUAGACACUUCUUGUUCCAUGUAGACCAAUCAAAAUGUAUCAGUGUAUGUACAUGUUACAGAAGAAAACUAACAUGUGAAUAAAACAUUCUGUUUAAAACUC